AUGACCACAGUCUUGAAAAAAUGCACAGCAACAGCGAAACUGAACACGGGUGCACAAAUACCGCUUCUUGGUUUGGGAACCUGGAGAUCGACUAAAGAAAAUGGCUACAACGCGACACUAGCUGCUAUAAAGGCAGGUUACCGGCACAUAGACAUAGCUGCUGUCUGCAUGAACGAGCAAGUUGUUGGCAGGGCUAUCCGAGACUCUGGCGUACCCCGGGAAGAGCUUUUCGUCACUACCAAACUGUGGUGCACACAGCAUCGCGACCCUAAGACAGCGCUCAGUCAGUCUUUGAAAAGGCUGGGGCUAGACUAUGUGGACCUUUACAUGAUGCAUUGGCCUGUAGCCUUUAGGUCGGAACAAGUCAAACACACCAACUACAUGCUCAUUCCUAAAAGGAAGGACGGUCAGCCAGACGUGGAUGAAGGUUGGGACUAUGUGAAAACUUGGGAGCUAAUGCAAGAAUUGCCUGCGACUGGAAAGACAAAUGCCCUCGGAGUGGCCAACUUCUCUGUCUCGCAACUGAAGAAGCUGAUAGAUUCACCGGGGAACAAAAUAGUCCCAGCUGCAAGCCAGUUGGAAACUCACCCCUUUUUACCCCAGAACAAAAUGCUCUCGUUUUGCAAGAAAAACAACAUUCUCAUGGAAGCCUAUUCCCCUCUUGGAUCCGAGGGCGCCCCUCUCUUGGAUGAACCUGUUGUGAGAGAAAUUUCCAAAAAGCUUCAUGUCGAACCGGCUCAGCUACUUGUAAGCUGGGGCCUGCAAAGGGGCCACGCCGUUCUUGUCAAGUCCAAGACUCCUUCGCGGAUCGAAGCCAAUCUUCACACGUUUGACAUCCCUGAGGGUGAUUUGAGGAGAAUCAACGAGCUCGCGCAAGAAAGGGGCACUAAAAGAAUCCACAAUCCAACCUGGUUCUCGUUCGAAGAAUGA